GUCGCAUGCUGCGUGAGAUUCAGUACACAAAUUUUUAAUCCUUUGAGGCUCCAAAAAGCGUCCUUUUGAAAAUCAAGAACUUGGUGAAAAAAUAAGUGCCAGUUACAAAAUAAUCCUUUGAAAAGUGCGCAAGAAGAAAAGCGGAAUAUUAUGAGUUUGCCAAUAUAGAAUUAUCGCGAACGGAGUGCUAGUUAGUUAUUUUAUAAACCCAAAAUCCAACUAAAUACAAAAGAAAAAACGCACUAUUUAAUUAUGAAUCUCGUAAUGUGCAAUCUCGUGCUGGCGUUCAUCGCCAUAACAUUUUUGAAGACGACACUCGCCUACGCGAAUUAUCCGACUGAAAUAAAUAUCAAUUAUUUCGACGUGCGGAAUUCGACCUUGCCCAUGACCACCUCCCAUCCCCACACCAAUCCUCCCCUCGGUCGCUACAUCCUCCCACCCCGCGAGUUCCACGACGCGGACGAGGACGAGAAGUCCCCCGACUACGAGCAGUACUCCGAGGAUCGGGCGAUCCAGAGGGACAGGUCGUACCUGAUCCAGUUAAUCCGCAGGCGCGUGCCUCGUGAUCAGGCCCCCCAGCAAGUGAAUCCUCGGGGCCGCAGUCUCGGUGGCCCCCACUGGGGGCAGGGCGACAACAAUCACCUUGACUCCGAUGCCGGCGUCGAUGGGAGCGAUGACUAUCCAUCGGAUCAGCCGGUCAACUCGACGUGGAAAGGUCGCAUCCCAGAGCAGAACUUGGUUAAAGAGCUGAGGAAAUACAACAUUUCGCGUACCAGGGAGCUCAACAAAAUGAUCGAGGCUCAUCUGCAGCUGAUGGCAAGGGAGGGCAUCUGCCAGGUGCCGCGGCCGGAGGUGGUCCACAUUACGAGGGAAACGAACACGGUCUACUCGCCUCGUGCCACGAUCCUGCACAGGUGCAGCGACAAGAUCGGAUGCUGCGAACCGGGAUGGACCUGCCAAAUGAAGAGGAACGAGACGGUGGUGCGGGUGUUCGCCAAGGUGCAAGGCCGUUACUCGGAGCCCUUUGUUGUGCCGAUGGAAAAUCACACGGAAUGCGGAUGUGUGAAGGUGGAAACGCGCCGCAAACGGAGUCCCAUUUGCCUGUGUCCCAAGCACUUCAGCGACUUCAGCUGGACGGGAUCGCAGGUGGGGCACCAGGAGGAUCACCAGGAGGUGCGUCUGUGGGAGCGGAGGGAGCAGCGCUGCCGAUGCGACUGCCACCUCAGCGACGACACGUGCAAGAGGCUGAAGAACGGCGUUGAGGGAUUCUCGGUGAUGGAGCGACGCCGCAUUCAAAGUGGGGAAGUCAGUCCGCCGUUCUGCAAUUACGGGGCGUAUGAUGUGAGGAACGGUCGAUGUCCGCGCCCAGGACUUCCGAAUCGGAAUCCGAAUCUGCAACCGUACUUCAAGUCAAGGCGUCAGAAUAGCAAAAGCUAAACCAAAUUCCC